AUGGGCACAGCAAUGGUGACCAGGCUGGGGCUGGGGCUGUUGCUUUUGGCACUGCUCCUACCCAUGCAGAUUUAUUCAAACCAAACAGUUGUGCCAUUUUCAACUAACUCCUCCCAGAGUACCACUGCUGUCCUCAAUUCAACCAUCACCACCACCAGGGGAGGCGGCAGUGUCCUGCAGUCCACAGCUGGUCUUCUCGUGGUUUCCCUCUCUCUUCUACAUCUCUACUGUUAGACACUCAGGCCAAGCAACGUCUCUACUUCCCCAUCUUCUCCACCCAACCCA